AUGGAGACAGCAUUUGAGUUGCACUUUCAGAAGGUUGCUGCAGCAACUGGCCAUACAGUAGUGUUGGUGGAUCAAACAGAGGACAUCCUGGCAAAAUCCAGAAAGGGAAUUGAGGACAGUCUUAGGAAAGUGGCAAAGAAGAAGUUUGCAGAAAACCCUAAGGCUGCCGAUGAGUUCAUCGAGAAGACCCUGAGCAGUAUAUCGACCAGCACGGAUGCAGCAUCUGUAGUCCACAGCACAGACCUGGUGGUGGAGGCCAUUGUGGAGAACCUGAAGGUGAAGAACGAGCUCUUCCAAAGGCUGGACAAGUUUGCUGCUGAACACACCAUCUUUGCCAGCAACACUUCUUCCUUGCAGAUCACAAGCAUAGCCAACUCUACCACCAGACAAGAUCGAUUUGCUGGCCUCCAUUUCUUCAACCCAGUGCCUGUGAUGAAGCUCGUGGAGGUCAUUAAAACACCUAUGACCAGCCAGAAGACAUUUGAAUCUCUAGUAGACUUUACCAAAACCUUGGGAAAGCAUCCUGUUUCUUGUAAGGAUACUCCUGGGUUUAUUGUGAACCGUCUUCUGGUGCCAUACCUCCUGGAAGCAGUCAGGCUGCAUGAGCGAGGUGAUGCGUCCAAGGAAGACAUCGACACUGCAAUGAAGCUGGGAGCUGGGUACCCCAUGGGUCCAUUUGAGCUUCUUGACUAUGUUGGGCUGGAUACCACAAAGUUCAUCUUGGAUGGGUGGCAUGAAAUGGAUACAAAGAACCCCCUGUUUCAGCCCAGCCCUUCCCUGAAUAAGCUGGUGGCAGAGAAGAAGCUGGGCAAGAAGACAGGAGAAGGGUACUACAAGUACAAGUGAGCCCCAGCAUCUGCUUCCUGCUCUCACUCAGUCUACCUGAAGUAAUUCUUUCGCUGGUUGUGAUAGUAACAGAUUCUUCCACUGAGAACUGAUUUCCUUUUCAGCCUUUCUUUUCUGUGGAUCUUUUCUAAACAGCUGUACACCCGGGUGCCUUGGAGCAAAUGUUUUUUCUGAACCUUACUGUUUUCUUAGAGCACUGCCUAAAUGCACCCACUCACUUCCUCUGAGUGAGCGCGUGUUCACUGCUGCCAUACCCGGAAGUCACAUGCCAUCGCAUCUACCUGGUGCGUCUGAGGGGUGGCAGCCAGCAGUGCCUGAGUCUUGCUUUUCUGAGAACAUUUUGCUGCCUGCAGCUUUGAGCCUUACAUACAUUCUUAGUGUGACCUGAGAUGUCAUGUCUUCAUUCAGCUCAUCAUCAAAGUCAUGGCCACAGAUUGGUGGGAAAGCAUCCCUGUGCUUGGUUUGCAAGAAAAGGUGUGUCUUUAUUGUAUUCACAUCUGCAGAUCUUAAUAUUACUGUCUGACUCUGUCUCGUGAGAAAUCAGUGCUGAAAACUGCCUUUAAAUUGACUAAUAAAAUGCAAUCUUUUAAUCUGUGAAAAUUUGAAUGGAAAUAAAUAUGUGUAAUUUAAAUUACAGAAUGCUUAACUGAUUAUAAAAGUAAAAGUUGGUAAUUUAGGCAGAAGCUGUGCCCCCUUCUUUGGCUUGUGUUAUUUUACAAAGUGGCAGCGAUGGGGAAGGAGUGGCAGGAGACGUGUGUAAAAACUGCCUGCAGCCAACCCUUCCACAUUUGGUACCAGCACAGUAGUUACGAUUAUGAUUGUUUUAAAGAGCAUCUGUUCUUCUUUGCCAGCAAAGUCAAGUAAUGUAACAUAAGCGUCCUCUAAUCAUUGGCUUGAGAAAGUGCCUUCCAUAGU